AUGGAUAUGGAAUGUUGUACAGAAUUUCAGGUGUUGCUCAAUAUCUGUGAAGCUGUGGAUUAUUUAAAUGAAGAAGCAUCAACAAAUCAAAUGGCAGUUUCAAUGGAUAUUUCUGUUGUAACAAAGGGUGAAAGCAGUGUAGGAUUGGAAAAUGACAGUGAAAUCAACGACAAGGACAAUGAAAACUUGAACCAUACUUGUCAUGUGUCAGUUUCAAUGGAAAUUUCGGAUACAAGAGAUUCAACUUUCACUGUAACAGGUGUUGAAACCUUUGAAUAUGCAUCAAUUCCUCUUAUAAGUGAAUCGAAUAUUAAUGAAUCUGAAUGGGAAAGACGAGACCAAAAUAUCACAUUUCGUCAUUCAGGAAUGUCAUUCGGAGCAUAUGCUAAACGAUUCAAUGACUCGAAAAAUAUUCGUCAGCUUUAUAGUAAUAAAUCUCCAGCAGAGAGACGGAAUCGAGUGCCGCUCGUUGAUUUAAAAGAAGACGCAUCUCCUACUCCUACUAAUAAAUAA